UGUUGGCGUUUUCACACACAGAGUUUGUGUCUCGCUCUGAGUGUUGCGCGCUCUCUGUCAGUGUGUUAAUCGGGGUGAACUCUAAGCCCUUGUGAUGGCGGCGCACGGCUCCUCUUCUUCAUCCAGGCCCUACCAGCUCAUCGUCUUCGGGGCUUCGGGUUUCACAGGCCGCUUCGUGGUGGAGGAGGUGGCGCGAAGCAGCGCGGAGGUUCCGGGAGGGGACCUGAUCUGGGCCAUCGCGGGGAGGAGCAGAGACAAGCUGGAGAAGGUUCUGCAGGAGGCCGCGCAACAACUCGGGAAGCCGGAGCUGCAGUCGGAGGUGGAGAUCAUUGUUGCUGAUGUGUCAGAGCCGGACUCGUUGGCUGCUAUGUGUAAACUAGGGGUUGUUAUCCUCAACUGUGUUGGGCCGUAUAGGUUCUAUGGCGAGCCGGUGGUGAAGGCAUGUGUGGAGAACGGGGCUCACUGUGUGGAUAUCAGUGGAGAGCCUCAGUUUUUAGAGAGCAUGCAGCUGAAUUAUGACAAUGCAGCCGCAGACGGAGGUGUCUAUAUCGUGGGAAGCUGCGGUUUCGAUUCCAUUCCUGCAGAUUUGGGUAUUAUUUACACACGGGAUCAAUUUAAAGGUACUCUGACGGCUGUGGAGAGUUUUCUGACAACAAGUACAGGACCUGAGGGAGGGUGUAUCCAUGACGGGACGUGGCAGUCGGCCGUGUAUGGGAUGGCAGAUAGUGACAAAUUGAAGAGCCUGAGGAAAAAAUUUAACCACAAACCUCUACCUGUGGUUGGAUCCAAGCUUAAACGAAGGGGUGCUGUGUUCUACAGUAAUGAGAUACAGCAAUAUGCAGUUCCCUUCAUGGGCUCUGAUCCAUCUGUGGUGAAGAGAACUCAGCGCUUCCUGUCUGAAGAACAUCAGCAAACUCCGGUUCAGUACAGCGCGUAUGCUGGAGUUGGAGCAAUCUCCUCCGUUAUUAAACUGCUCUUCGCAGCAUUCAUCUUCUAUGUGCUUGUCAAGUUCAGCUUUGGCAGAAGCCUUCUGAUUAAAUUUCCAGAGUUUUUCUCUUUUGGAUAUUUCUCCAAAGCAGGACCAACUCGGAAACAGAUGGAGGGAUCAUCAUUCCGGUUUGCAUUCUUUGGUGAAGGUUACAUUGAAGACCAGGAUCCAUCUCAGGGGAAACCCAACACUAAAAUCCGCACGCUCGUCCAGGGACCAGAGGCGGGUUAUGUUGCGACACCGAUCGCCAUGGUGCAGGCGGCUCUCACCAUCCUCAAUGAACCUGACGCUCUGCCCAAAAAAGGUGGUGUCUACACUCCCGGAGCUGCUUUCGCCAAAACCUCCCUGAUCGAGCGCCUGGAUAAACAUGGCAUCCAUUUCUCAGUGCUGUGAACAGGAGCACAGCUUGGCUUCAGCACUUCCUAUCAUGCGUUACUCACUCUACAUAGCGCUUAGCAUUAAUCCUUACAUGCAGGGUGAAAGUGAUAUGUUUCAUUCUGAAAUUAGUGUAAUGAAACCCCUUAACUGAUGUAAUCCAUUAUUUUCACACUAAAGAGGUGGUGAUGUGCAGCCUAACAAACACUGUGUAUGUGAGCAAUAUUUAGCCUGGACAAGCUACACACUGAGCAUUUAUUGACACGUGUGUGCAUGUGUGUCUCAGCUUUUCUUCUGAUCAGUUUUCUCACACUUUUGCUGUUUGUAUUGUGGGGAAUUUAAAUGCAAGUGUGUGGGUUUUUUCCCCCCCUGUAACUUUUGCACUAAUGGGUUAAAAGGUACAGAUUGUAAAGAGAUCAAUAAAAAAAAACUGAUUUAA